UUGAACCGGAACUACGGUAGCGUUUCGUUCCACAACAAAAUAUAGAAGUUUAAAUCCACGUUAUCGACGUUUGGAUAGAAUAUUUGAAAUAAUUUUAACAUAGUAUAAUAUUAUUAAAUCAACCUUAUCAACAUGGGGGGUGGUGAUCUUAACUUGAAAAAGAGUUGGCAUCCCCAAACUCUGAAAAACAUCGAGCGAGUGUGGAAAGCGGAGCAGAAACAUGAGGCGGAGAGGAAGAAGAUCGAGGAGCUGCAGAAGGAGUUGAAAGAGGAGCGAUCUCGAGAGGAGAUCACCAGAUAUGCGCAAGAGACAGGCGCUUUAAAGAAGAAAGAUGACCGUCUGGACUGGAUGUACCAGGGUCCAGCGGGACAGGUCUCUCGGGAAGAGUACCUCCUUGGUCGCCCCAUUGACAAGCAGAUCACCCAGCAGUAUGAGGAACCAGAGAGCGGUCCAUCUGCUCAGACGGGCCUCCUGCCUGGCUCCAUAUUCAACCCGACAAGUUCUGUUUCUACUAAUGAUAUGGCUGCCAAGAUAAGAGAGGACCCACUCUUUGAGAUCCGCAAACGAGAGGAGGAGAAAAAGAGAGGAGUUCUUACAAAUCCUGUUAAGAUGAGAGAAAUCCAGAAGAUGUUGCGUCAAAAUCUUGAGAAGGAGAAGAAGAAGAAAAGGAAAAAGGACAAAAAGGAGAAAAGAGUGGAGAAAAGGAAGGAUAAGAAGCAUGGGAGGAGGAGUUCAAGCUCUGAUGAGGAGUACAGGAAGAAUAGGUCAAAAGAAGAACGAUCAGAUGUCACAACCUCUAAUGGACAUCACAAUUCGGGCUAUGGACUCCAAUUACCAGGAAACAGAUCCCAUUACUCCGUAUCUAACCAUUCAGAGCACAAUUCAAGAGAUAGGAGCCGGUCGUCACUGUCUCAUAAAGCACAGAGGGACAAUCACUCUCGUGACUCAGAGAAGAGACCCAAAACCAAAGCCCCCAGCCCACCAAGACACAGGGACCGUUAUCAAAGGAAACACAAUACUAAUUACAGCAAGCGCCUCUCAGCUGAAGAGUUGGAGAAGAAGAGAAGAGAAAUGAUGGACUUUGCCCGUGAAAGAGAAAUGGAGAGGGAAAGUAACGUUAAGAGAUACAAGCGACAAGAGGAACAAGAGAAGGCUCGAGAUAACGAUAAACAGAACCGUCCUGCUGGCUUUAUUCAUGACAUGAAGCUAGAAAGUGCUGCCACUUCCUCUCUGGAGGACCGUGUGAAGAGAAAUAUUUACUCCAUUCAGAGGACCCCCGCUGCUCUGGAGAAGAACUUCAUGAGGAGAUGAGGAGCCAAAGGAGCACAAGAAAAAAUAAAAAUAAAAUACAUUUACCACUCUGUUUUUUAUUUUAAAAUUUUAAAAAGGUUUAAAAUCACCCUGUAAAUAAAAUGUCAGAAGUUGGCAAUGUCUAUGUAAAGGGAUUUGUCCUUUUCCUAACCAACUUGUUAGAUUCGCCAGUACUCCUGUGUAUUUCUUUUUUUUUUUUUUUAUGUCUGGAAUACAAGCACUGGUUUCUUCUUUUCUUCCUUGUACAUUGUUUUUGAUGGUUAAAUUAGUGAAUAUGAAUUUUUGUUUUUUAGUGUAUAUACUUUUUUGUUUAUAACUUUCAUAUGUAUGAAAUAAGCAGUGUCUCUAAAAUA